ACUCCUUUGGCAGGCAGAAUAGAGCUUUUAUUGAGGGUAUUUCUAACCCUAACCAUCAGGGACCAAAUCGCUGGGAUUGUAAAAAAAAAAAUUAAAAAUCAUUCUGCUCCCCCUUUUUCUCUCAGUCUUUCCCUCAGUUUAUCUCUGUGAGACGGAGCAGCAGCACAGCUUUACGAACCAACGAAGCACCCAGCAGCAAGCAGCGAGCCAAGCAGAAUGCAAGGAAUCUAUCCCCUUGUCUCAGACAAACAGCACAACUGAGAGAGAGAGAGAGAGAGAGAGAGAGCGAGAGGGAGAGAGAGAGCGAGAGGGAGAGAGAGAGCGAGAGGGAGAGAGAGAGCGAGAGGGAGAGAGAGAGCGAGAGAGAGAGAGAGCAAGAGAGAGAGAGAGAGAGAGAGAGAGAGAGACAACACAGGAGAAGAUUUAAAGGGCUGCUGUUGCUGCAGCUGUGAAAGAAGGUUCCUGUUCUGCUGAUACCCCAGGUGUUCUGCUACCCUACCCUCUGAUACCCUCUGCCUGUUGUGACUGUCCCUGUCACCUCAUUCGCUGGGAGAGAGAGAGAGAAAGGAAGAAGGACAGAUUUAAAGAGCUGCUGGUGUAGAAGACGAGAUACUGUCCUUCCCUGUCCUCUCCUGUCCUCUCCUGUUCUGCUGCCUGCCUAGAGGCUGAAGCUGAGAGUCUGAGGGCCAAGGUGAAGAUGUCUGGAGCUGACCUGGUACCUGGAGCCCUGCUACCCUGCCUCUGCACCCUGCUCUGCCUGAACCUGCUGCUCCUCCCUGGGACGGUCGAGCCAGGGGUACCCCUGGAGGACUUCUACCCCUUUGGCCAGGACUCGGGGGACUCCCAAACCAUCUCCCAGGACGAUGGCGGCUCAGGGCUGGUGGAGAUCUCUGUUGCAUUCCCCUUCUUCGGUGACAGGCACUCUGGACUCUACGUGAACAACAACGGCCUGGUCUCGUUCCUCAGAGAGGUGUCUCAAUUCACCCCUGUAUCGUUUCCCAUCGCCGGAGACCGGAGGGUUGUGGCGGCGUUCUGGGCUGACGUGGACAACAGGCGGGCGGGGCAGGUCUUCUACCGGGAGAGUAAAGACCCGUCUGUCCUCCUGAGGGCCACAGUUGACGUCAAACGAUACUUCUCUGAGUUCCCAGAGUUCAGUGCGACGUGGAUCCUCAUCUCGACGUGGCACAAAGUCACCUUCUUUGGAGGAAGUGACAUCACACCGGUGAAUACGUUCCAGGUCAUACUGAUCACCAACGGAGAGGUAUCCUUCACCAUCUUCCAGUAUCAUGAGAUCACCUGGACCACAGGCAUGCACGCCAGCAGUGGAGGAGACCUGGCAGGGCUAGGAGGCAUCGCUGCACAGGCAGGUUUUAACGCUGGCGAUGGGAAACGCUACUUCAACAUCCCGGGGUCUCGUACUGAUGAUGUUGUGGAUGUGGAGGGAACCACCAAUGUGGGUUACCCCGGGAGAUGGGUGUUCCGGAUCGACAAUGCCCAGGUGGAGGUGGGCGGAUGCAACGACUCCGCGUCGGUGUGUCCACACCUUCGACCCUGUCUGAACGGAGGUCGCUGUAUAGACGACUGCAUCACCGGCAACCCUUCCUUCACCUGCUCUUGCCUGGCUGGCUUCACAGGACCCCGGUGCCAGAUAGAUGUAGAGGAGUGCUCGUCAUAUCCAUGUCAGAACGGAGGUACCUGCUCAGACCAGGUUAACGGCUUCAUCUGCCAGUGUCCACCUGGGUUUACAGGGACAGUCUGCCAAACAGAUGUAGAGGAGUGCUCAUAUCCAUGUCAGAACGGAGGUACCUGCUCAGACCAGGUUAACGGCUUCAUCUGCCAGUGUCCACCUGGGUUUACAGGGACAGUCUGCCAAACAGACAUAGAUCAGUGUGUUUCCCAGCCGUGUCUGAAUGGAGGGGACUGUAGAGACCAGGUGAAUGGUUAUACCUGCGCCUGUCCUGCUGCCUUCACCGGGACACACUGUGAGACAGAGUUGGCGGUGGUCCGUGUGAAUUCAUCAUCUACUCCUCAAACUGAAAAUCGAACAGUGUCCUGUGAGGGGGAGGGCUGUGACAAACACCAGAUCUGUGAACACACCGGCUCUGGGAGUUACAACUGCACAUGUACCCAAGGAUUCUAUGGUGACAACUGUGAAGAGGAGUGUCUGUGCCAGAAUGGUGGCAUCUGUGUGGAAGUGAAUGGGACCUGUGACUGCUCCUCAGGCUUCACUGGACUUCACUGUCAGUUUGAGGUGACCCAGACCCCAUGCAGCAACAGCAGGCCGUGUCCUGACGGAGGACCCUGUUUGGAGUACGGAGGAACCUACUUGUGUACCUGUCAGACAGGUGUGGCAGACCUAGAUCACAGGGACUUCUAUCCUCCCUAUGUACAGCCUCGAUCGGUCUGUGAUUCGUCUCCGUGUCUGAACGGAGGUCAGUGCUAUGAGAGGGAUGGAGGCUACACCUGCGAGUGCAAGCAUGGAUACAGAGGGAAACACUGUGAGAAAGUCAGACUCAAUACCUGUGCCUCUGGCCUGUGUCGUAACGGAGGGUCCUGUAAAGAGGAGGCAGGGAGCUACCUGUGUGUCUGUCCAUACAGGUUCACUGGAAAACACUGUGAAGUGGGGAGGCCAGACCCAUGCUCCUCCAGCCCCUGUCUGAACGGAGGAACAUGUUUCCACUACAUCGGGAAGUACAAGUGUGAAUGUUCCGGAUCCUUCAGCGGGAGACACUGUGACAUCAGCAGGGGAUCAGCACACUCCACAGCAGACCUGGACUGUGGUCCCCCACUGCAGGUGAAGCAUGCAGAGCUCCAGUUCUCCUCUACGUCGCCAGGCUCCAUGGCGCUGUACGUGUGCCACCCAGGAUACACCCCCAUGCCCAGGGCCACCCAGAGCAUCUGUGGGGGGCAGGGGGCCUGGAGCCAACCUCCUGUCUGCCAGGAGAUCAACGAGUGUUUGUCCCAGCCUUGUCUGAAUGGAGGGACAUGUCGGGACAGGGUGGCGACCUACCAGUGUGCAUGUGACCAAGGCUUCAGUGGAAACCACUGCCAGACAGAUGUGGAUGAGUGUGCGUCGGAGCCCUGUAAGCACGGAGGAACCUGUGAGGAUCAGCCUGGAUCCUACUACUGUCACUGCCAGCAGGGUUUCAUGGGACGAGACUGUGAAAUAGACGUUGUGUCUCCAGAGCAGGACGGGUGUGAGUCCAGCCCCUGUCUGAACGGCGGCGUGUGUCGUGGCUACAGGCGAAACCACCUGUGUGUCUGUAAAGAAGGUUUCUUCGGGGAUCGUUGCCAGUCGUUGGACAAUCCCUGUGUACUGCAGCCGUGUGGGAACAGAGGUCUCUGCCAGAGCAGCAGGAGAGGGAACUACAGCUGUACUUGCAGAGUGGGACACACAGGCAAGGACUGUGAGAGAGACCUGUUGCCUCCCUCUGGUCUGCAUGUAUUACGGGUGGAGGAGGAUGAGGUGGAGCUGCACUGGGACCUGCCGGCCCCUUCCUCUCAGAGCCUGUUCAGUGGCUUCGCUGUGACCUACGCCCCUCUGGGUCUCCCGGGCCGUGGCAGCGGAACCAGGAAGACCGACUUCCUGGACAAGAAGCAGUCCACCUAUCAGCUGCAGGGCCUGGUGCCCGGCCUGCUAUACAACAUCUCUACCUUCUCUGUGAAACGAAACACCAACAGCAACGACAUCAGCCAGCCAGCCAUCGCUCUCAUACGUACCCGGCCGCGGCGGGUGGACCAGCUGCAGGUUGUCAACGUAUCGUCCUCCCAGGUAUGGCUGAGGUGGCUGCUGCAGGCUGCUCAUCACGCAGCUGUCAGCCAGGUGCGCCUCUCCCUGGUCCCCUCAGACGACAGUGGAUCUCGUACUGCCCUGGUCAACACCAGCACCACGGAGUACGCAUUCAGUUCUCUGCUUCCUGGUCAGAUGUACACGGUGGACGUUCUAACUCAGAGUGGUAUCAGACCAGACGAGUCGCCGUCCACCAGUCACUCUGCUGGACCGCUGCAAGUCUGGACACGGCCCCUCCCCCUCAGAACCUGUCUUUGGCACAUGUGACCUCCAACUCUGCCCUGGUGACGUGGGACCACCAUCCCAGGAACCUGCCAGACGGCUUCGUGGUCAAUGUGACGCGAGGCCUGAGCACCCGGAGUCGCUUCCUACCCAAUGGGAAGUUAGAGACGUAUAACCUGAGAGAGCUUUCUC